AUGCCUUCGUUGGUGUCACGCGUCUCGAGGCUUCCAGUCGAAAACGACGACGAGCACUUGACGGACGCUAGCAACGAUGAUGCGCUUACAAAUGAAACAAAAAGCGAGUACUCCGAAGCUCUCUCGACAGCUAUGAGUGCAUCUUUGAGUCUCGAUACAACCAAGGAGCUUCCCGUGGUGUACGCAGAGCCGUACCGCGCUAUGCUCGUGGAUCAGUUGCUUCUCGAGUCGACGCGGACCCGGUCGACUUCCGUCAGCUUCACGAGAGGGAUAGGCGCUGAGCUGGACGAUUCUAUGGGCAACCAAAACGGAUCCGUUUGCGAACUUGCAGCGCAGCCGGAAACCAACCUCACACCGAGCGGCACACCGAACUUGGCCGGCAGUUGGCAACGCCCUAGCCGCUUUGAGACACCGCACGGCUCGUUGGACACCAUUGUUCACUAUUUGGAGAAUGUCCGCCAAGAUAUUCGCGCAGAAAACAUAUCAGAAAAGUACGUUCCCGGGACGCCAGCGGCAACACUCGAGGUACUGGACCCCACCCAGAUUCUCAAGUCCUGGCGAGUUCGAGAUCGAUUCAAGACAGCAGCAGUCGCGUUGGUGCUCUGCCUCAAUGUAGGCGUGGAUCCACCUGAUGUCAUCAAACCGACACCAUGUGCUCGGGUCGAGUGCUGGAUCGACCCCUUCAGUAUGUCACCGCAGAAAGCAUUGGACUCGAUCGGCAAAGCGCUGCAGCUACAAUACGAACGAUGGCAACCACGUGCUCGGUAUCGGGUGCUCACAGAUCCGGUCGCGGAUGAGGUCAAGAAACUCUGCCUAGGUCUACGUCGAACUGCGCGUGAGGAGCGGGUGCUGUUCCACUUCAACGGCCACGGGGUACCGAGACCAACCGCCAACGGCGAGAUCUGGGUCUUCAAUAGAAACUAUACGCAGUACAUCCCGCUGAGCCUCUAUGACUUGCAGAGUUGGCUGGGAGCUCCAGCGGUCUAUGUUUUUGAUUGUCCUGCUGCUGGACUGGCGAUACGUGCCUACCUCCAGUUUGCCGAGCAGCGCGAGCAUGAACAGCCGUACCAGCAGCACCAGACGGGAGCGUCGCAUCCCCAUAUGGGUGCAGAGGACGUUCCAGUGCAGAGUGCCGCGUUGGCUAGUAGUAGUAGCGGCGGCGGCGCCAACGCUCGAACAAGUCGUGCUAGUUUGGCAGGCGAGUCACUCGCAGCGGGUGAACGUGCGGCAGCUGCUUCCAGCGCAUCGAGCUAUGCCUCCUUCGUGCGUGACUCGUUCCUGCUGGGCGCUUGCCAGGCCGAUGAAUCGUUACCGACUACCCCGGACUUGCCGGCGGAUUUGUUCACAGCCUGCUUGACGACGCCCAUCAAGAUUGCACUGCGGUGGCAGGCACUGCGCUCUGCAGGGAGAAGCAUCACGAUGGACAUGAUUGAUCGCAUACCUGGACGUUUGAAUGAUCGAAAAACCAUGCUCGGUGAGUUGAACUGGAUCUUCACGGCGGUUACCGACACGAUAGCGUGGAACACAUUCCCACGAGCAACGUUCAAGCGACUCUAUCGCCAGGAUCUGCUGGUUGCGAGCCUUUUCCGCAAUUUCCUUCUGGCUGAUCGCUUAAUGCGGCAGUUUAACUGUACACCGGUGAGCUAUCCCCCGUUACAGGCAACACAUCAGCACCCGCUUUGGCAGGCCUGGGAUCAUGCUGUCGAAGAGUGCUUCGCACGGUUGCCGUCCUUGUUGCAGCAGGACGCAUCGGAAGGUCGCGUUUCGGGAACGGGAGCAACAACUUGCCUGGCAAUGCGCACCGUGGCUGCCGCUGGUGCUGGACGAAUGGCAACUGCUGGUCCGUUGCUGAACAACGCGAACCCGCUCCACCAGGGUUACGGCGGCAUGGGAGGCGUCGCCGUCCCUGCUGCUGCUGCUGCUGCUGCGAAUACGACAGUAGCGCAGGCGCCUAUCCACUUGCUUCCUAAUGCACCGACGGAUCCUGGCGCUCCACUGACCGCGGCGAAUCAUCUGAUGCGUCCAGAGCCGCGUGGGAAUCUGGAAGUGCUCCACGACCUCUACGACUAUCGUGAGGCCGGCACCACCUCGUGCCGAACGCACGACACAGUGCAAGCGCAGACACACCAUGUCGGAGGAAUGCAUCGAGUGCAGGGGCCUGGUGUCACCAAUCCAGCGGCACAGCCGACGCUGGACCUCUCGGCAGCGACUGGAGCCGGAUCGAACGAGACGGGUUUGACGGCCCCGCUGUACGCUCACUCGCCCAGCGAAGGAGACGUAUCGCUGCCGAGUCCGUUCUUUGAGAACCAGAUGGCUGCGUUCGAGGUGUGGUUGGACUUGCCCGCACAUCGACGAAGUCCUCCAGAGCAGCUACCAAUCGUCCUGCAGGUGCUCUUGUCACAGGCGCAUCGUCUACGUGCGCUUCAGCUUCUCUCUCGCUUCCUGGAUACCGGCCCCUGGGCCGUUGACCUGGCGCUCUCGGUAGGCAUCUUUCCGUACGUCUUGCGGCUACUCCAGAGUCCAGCUGCAGAGCUUCGCGCGGAGCUCGUGUUCAUCUGGGCGAAGAUCUUGGCCGUUGAUCCGGCGUGCACAGAGGAACUAUUCAAAGAGAGUGGCGAGCGUUACUUUCUCACCAGCUACGCUGCUGAGGACGCGAGCGCUGUGCACCUGGCUUGUGCGGCCUUCGUGCUCUGCCAUGUGUUGAACAAAGCCGUGGACGCAUUCGGGGAUGCGAAUCUCCUCGCACUCUUCCUUCAGCGCCUGGAGCAUGCCUCUGAACCGGUCCGCCGCUGGACGCUCUUCUGCCUAACAGCCUGGAUGGAGUCAAGUCGAAAAGUGCCUUCCACGGGGACCGUCUCGACAGUACUGGAGCUGUUGCGCACGGACCUGUCGCCCAAGGUGCGCGCUGCCGCAGCACAGACGCUAGCAACGAUGUUGCGCUUCGAUUAUUGCACCGCUGAUAUCAUCGAGGCGUUCCAGCAGAGCGCAUUGAAUGAAGUAUCUGCAGUGGUGAGAAAGGAGAUAGCGCUGGUGACACUGGCUGCGAACCGGCCGGCACAGACAGUGCUGGUGCGUGACCCACACCCCGUUGUUGCCGCUCUCGCGGAGCACUUUGGGGCAACGCUAGCGGAUGCGGGCGCUGAAACCGCCCCAGUGCACGUGCCAGGAUCGCCUCCGAGAGCUGCCCAGAUGCCGGCGGCGGCAGCAGCAGCAGCAGCAGCAGCAGCCGAUAACGAUAUUGACGACGAUGAAGAAGACGCAACAAACGCGGGCGCAUCCCAAGUGCCUGCAGUUUCCGAACGAUGGACCGCUAGCCGGCCGCCUGAGGCCAUGCAGUUGCGACCUGCAUCCGCGACGGGCACGUCCUCGAGUGAUCCAGUGCAACAGCAGCAACAGCAGCAGCAUGGACCGAGGCAAAUCCUGCGACGUGCCUCGGCCUCGUGGAGCAACCUAAGGCGAUACGCGUGGAGCAGUACUACUGCUGCGGCUGCGGCUGCUACUGCGCUUGCCGCGGAAGCACCGCGCACGACCGGCGACCGCUCACAAACGUCGUCAGCAUUUCCAACGGACGCUCACACUGAAGCAGCCAAAGCCCAGAAGCACAUCAUGGGCGAAAGAGGUUCCAGUGACGCGGAAACUCGUACCAGCACCGCAAUAGCCGUUCGACUGGCACGUCCACAGAGUCAACCCGAGUUGCGUGCCGCAGCGACCCUGGAGCUGGAGGAGCGUCGUGCGAGUCGCAGUCGCCACGGUCGACUCGAUACUUACCAGCCUCGCGAUUUGUUUCGAUUCCCGCAUGAGGCGUUUACGUUCUCCCGUCGACGUCGCAUGAUGCAUAUUCGCGACUACAGCUACCAGGAAGUGCUGCAGAGCCAGACCCGAGAGCGAUGGUCAGGUCACGAGCCCAUGGAACCAACCCGGUUGCAGCAGCGGAUGGAACGGCGCUCAGAGGCUGCCGCUGCCGCCGCUGCCUUGACGCGGCUCAGAGAGCGCUGGGUUACGCGUUUGCAGGCAGAGCAGAUUUCGGCAUUGUGCUUCCAUCCGUCUCAGCAGCUCGUGCUAUCCGGCGAUGCCUCUGGCAAUGUCGUAGCACUGCAGCAGGAAAACGGUGAACGCUGCUGGCGCCUUGGGGUUGGGUCGAACGCCAGCGCUAUUGCCGCGCUGCGUGUGGUGAAUGCACACACGACCUGGCCUCUGCUGCUCGUUGCGACUGCCGACGGGAUUGUACGCUUCUAUGAGUCACAACAGCAGGUGUUGGCAGCGUUCUCCGCAAUAUCACAAGCGAGUCGAAUGCCUGGCAUGACGGACGCGACUCCUGCUAGCCCAGGUACGACAAGCAGGCGGGUAUCUGCGACAACACCGGGUGCCAGCACGCCUCGUGAUCGGGAACUCGUAUGCUGCACCACCACCACCACCACCACUGCGUAUUCGAACACUGCGGGAUCGAGACAAUGUCGGUCACCGUCAGCACCAGCGAUAUCACAGACGCCAAACGCGAACUCGCAUGCAACGAUGCCUGCAGAUGUAGCGGGUCUUGCUUCUCCUCCAUGGCGGGUGUCAUCGGCGGGAGGUGCUGGAGAAGCAGCAGCGCUUUCGCCGGUAGAUCGAGCGAGAUACGACGAAAGCAUGGCAACUGGUCGAGCGUUUGUCUGUGACUGGAGCCCCUGGCACGGUUGGCUGCUAACCGGCGGCCUCGAGCAGGGCACCAUUCGACUCUUUGACGCGGAACGCGAGAUGUGUAUCUGGAGCUGUAUUGCCUCGUCGUAUCGAGUGACGGCGGUAGCGCACCUGGGAUCCAGCCUCUUCGCGGCAGGCUGUGCGGAUGGUAGUGUCUACACAUACGAUACGCGCACGGGAGCGAUUGAAACGGAACUCUUGGAGCACUCCAGUCCGGUUAUAUCCAUUGCCGGUCGAUGGAGUCCGACGCCCGCCCUGGUGACUGCCGCUGCCGCCGGUGACAUUCGUGUCUGGCCCUUGGCCGCUGCCUCCAGUUCGGUGUGUGUGGUUGCUCAUCGACGCGAUCUGACGGCAGCAGCUGCGCAUCAGGGGAUGCCCUGGAUCGCCACUGGUUGUGCAAGUCGCUGUAUCAAACUCUUUGGCGAACAGGGUCAGUUGUUGCAGUUGAUUCGGCACCAUGAUGGAGCCGAGAAUCCUCGUAUUGGUUCGAUUAGUUGCCUCGAGUUCGCAGCGCAGGAUCUGAUGCUAGCAGCCGGAGAUGUCGACUCGUCGGUGACACUGUACACCGCAAGCAGCAACUAG